AUGGUUAAAAUCUUGGAGCAUGAUGAGCUUGAGGAGGCUACUACGACCACUAGGCUAAUAUGGGCAAGAAGAAAUGAAUUCACACAUGGGAAAGAGUUCAAGCACCCAACCUUUCUUCUCAAGAAUGAAGUUUAUAACCUAAACCAGGAUGCAGCUACUAAGAAUGCAGAUGGCAGAAUUGGCAUUGGUGUGAUUGUUAGGGACUUUAAGGGCCAGAUGCUUGAAGCUUCAUUCUCUGAUAAGUCCAAAACUCGAGAGAUUCAAAUAAAGGAUGAACUCCAAGUGAUGAAUAAAGGCACCCGUAGUUUUGGUGAAUAUUCACAAGCCUUCAAAACUCUAUGCGAUCAACUUCAUGCAAUGGGUCGACCCGUUGAUGAUACUGAUAAGGUGCACUGGUUUCUUCGUUAUUUAGGGCCUGACUUCUCUUCCUUUCCAACCACCAUGAUGUCUCAAACACCACUGCCUAUAUUCAAGGAUCUUGUGCCGAAAGAUCAAAGUCAUGAUUUAUUUGUUAAGUCUCUUGAAUCUCAAGCAAGACAACUAACUGCUUUCAUUGCUCAACGAAGAAGCAGGCACUCCUCUCGUGGUGCUUGA